AUGCUUUAUUUACAGACUCUUAUAGGUGAUGCCCAUGAUCCAAAUGAAAUGCCAUUGCAAGUACAUCCUGUAGCGCCAUGUCCAAAAUUAGCUAAAGAUGAUGAACAAGGCGAAGCUCAAUGGGGAAAUUUUACUGGUCUUGAAAACAAAGAGAUUCGUCGUGCAUUUAUCCGAAAGGUUUAUUUAAUGCUCUUGAUUCAAUUAUCGAUUACAUUUGGUCUUAUUGCAGUAUUUCAUUUUACACCAUUGAUUCGCGAAUAUGUGCAAAGUCCGGAUGGUCGAUGGCUUUAUUUCGCAUCAUAUGUUGCUUUUCUGGUUACCUAUUUUGUAUUAGUUUGUUCGAAAAAUGCCGGACGAAAAUUUCCACUUAAUCUUAUUUUACUCGCUAUUGUGACAUUAUCAAUGGGUUAUAUGAUGGGUAUGAUUUCAGCAUAUUAUAAAAUCGAAUCAGUGUUAAUUGCUUUUGGUAUAACAGUAUUUGUUUGUUUCGGUGUUACAUUAUUUUCAUUUCAAACAAAAUAUGAUUUUACAUCAUGUUUUGGUAUCUUAUUUGUUGUGUCAUUGGCACUUUUAGCUUUUGGAAUUGUUUGUAUUUUUACUUAUUCAAGAAUGAUGCAUACAAUCUAUGCUGGUCUUGGAGCUGUAGCUUUUUCUAUUUUCUUGGCUGUUGACACACAAUUAAUUAUGGGUGGCAAGCGGCAUGAAAUAAGUCCUGAAGAUCAUGUUUUUGCAUCACUUAUGCUUUAUAUUGAUGUUAUUUAUAUAUUUGUAUAUAUUCUUAGUUUGUUCGGCUAUCGAAAAUGA